UUAAAAUGCGUCUCUGAUAUAUGUGUACGUUCUCUCAGAUUCAUCACCACCUUCACUUUCACGCCAUCUCUCUCUCUCUCUCUCUCUCUCUCUCUCUGAUCUCUCCCUCUAUAAAUUCAAACCUUAUAUUCCUUCCAAUCCAUCUUCAUCUUUCCAUUAUUUUGCUCUCUCUCUCUCUCUCACACACACACACUUAGCUUUCACUCUGAUCGAUCAUCACUAUACUCUCACUUAGUACUGAUCUUCCUCUUGGUUGGAUCUUUCAUCAAGCUUCUUCUUCUAUUUACAUAUGGGAGAUUCAGAGCAUCACAGGGAUAACAAUAAUGCCAAUCUUCCCCCUGGCUUUCGCUUUUAUCCUUCAGAUGAAGAGCUUGUUGUCCACUUCCUUCACAGAAAAGCUUCCCUCUUGCCUUGCCACCCUGAUGUCAUCCCUGAUCUUGACCUCUUCCCCUACGAUCCUUGGGAUCUUCACGGGAAAGCUCUGGGUGAAGGGAAUCAAUGGUACUACUUCAGCAGAAGGACACAGAAUCGAGUGAGUAAUAAUGGGUACUGGAAGCCAAUGGGAAUGGAAGAGCCAAUACUGACAGACUCAGGAACUAAAAUUGUUGGAGUCAAGAAAUAUUUCAUCUUCUUCAUGGGAGAAUCACCUUCUGGUAUCAAGACCAAUUGGAUAAUGCAGGAGUAUCGCCUAUCAGAUUCUGCUUCGUCUUCUUCUUCAUCUUCAUCUUCUAGCAGAUCAUCAUCAAAGAGGAAAUCUAAAACAGACCACUGUAAAUGGGUGAUUUGUCGAGUCUACGAGCGUGAUGAGGAUGAUAAUGAUGGUGGUGGUGGUGAUGGAGGAACUGAGCUCUCGUGUUUGGAUGAAGUUUUCUUGUCACUGGAUGAUCUUGAUGAAAUCAGCCUUCCCAAUUAGCUAGCUUCCCUAUACCUAGCUGCAUUGUCCAAAUGGAUAUCAUCGUCAUAAUUACUUUAAUUUUUCCUUUCAAAUUCUCAAAAAAAAAAAAAAAUCAUAUAUAGCAGAUUAGCUUGUUCCCAACUUAAUUGUAAGAUUACUUACUGCAGUUACUAGCUAGACACAUAUCAACAAAAAAAGUUCACCAAUAUUAGUCAUGAGCCAACUUUCUUGACACUUCAAUCUAAUUCAUGUGCACACAUAUAAUAUAUAUAUAUAUAUACAUACACACAUAUAUGUGUGAGUGUGUGUAAAUAAAAGGCUGCUAGCUAUGUAUACAUAGGUGAAAAUGAAGUGGUGGGGCAGUGAAUAUGAAAUCUAUGGACAAAAGGGAAUGUGCAGAGUGACGUUAUGGCUUAGAAAGAUCCCACAUUGAGGUUUCUUGGAAAUUUCAGGCUCUGUGCACAUCAUCAAGUGGGAUGCUCAGCCACUAACACAUAUAAAUGAAAGAAAAUAUACGAUCCAACCAAAGGAUCAUCGUCAUCAUCAUUAUGCUCAUCCUUCAGCAGCAUUUUGUUUCUAUACUGUUGCAUGCAUGAACCUUUGAUUCAAUUGGAUAAAUGCAAUGUAACGGAUAGUACUAUUCAAACGAAA